AGAUGUGAAGUUUUCAGACUGCCACCUCACAGGCCAGGGACAGCUGCCCUGGGGUUGUACUGCAAGUCUGGCUUCCAAGUCUUGCAUGGGAAGGAGAAUUCCCAAGGAGUGAUUCCUCCCUGGAUUAUUGAGUUGGAUUUUUCUGCAAGUGCUGGACAUUUGGAGUGACCAGCAGUGCAGUGGGAAGUUGUGUAGGCCUAAGGCUUUGCACAAAACAGCCAAGAUGUGGAAGAUUACAGGCUUCGCGCUGCUUGUAGUUCUACAAGUGAGCGUGGCGCAGCGGCAGCCCGGCCGCGGUCGGGUGGCGGGGUGUCCUCAGGACUGCUUCUGUUAUCCCAACAACGUGGCGUACUGCCGCAACAUGGCGUCCAUUCCCGUGGGACUUAACCCGCGUACGCGAGGCCUUCUCAUCGCCGACAGCUCCCUCACAACCAUUCCCAAAAACGCCUUCAUGGGGCUUCCGUACCUCAUUGAGCUGAACAUCACGGACAAUCUCGUAUCAAGUAUCCAUCCAGAUGCCUUCAAUGGGUUGAAGAAACUCCAACGACUGGAUCUGUCGAAUAACAAGUUCAAGACCUUUCCUGGAGCAGCUCUCGCCAAGAUCAGCAAAGGGCUAACGUCUUUGAACCUCGGCGGUAACUUGAUUGCAGGAAGUCUUACGGCUGACUCCUUCAAGGGUAUGGAGGCUCUUGAGGUCCUGUACAUGUACAAUACCAACUUUACAACAGUCGAAGAUGGACUGUUUUCAAGUCUUAAGAAACUUACAGUCCUGGAUCUCUCCAAAAACAACUUCCAAUCUCUUCCUGAGGGAGCAAUCAAGGGACUUGACAACUUGAAGGAAAUCAUCAUGUUUGGAAACCCUUUUGCCUGCAACAAAGACGCGUCUUGGCUUAGCGGCUGGAUCGAGAAGAACCCACCUGAGAUCGGAGCUGGUCCCACCUGUAUGGAUCCUCCACGCUUUGCUGGUUAUGCUGCAGCUGCCCUGCCAAGUGCAGUGCUUGGAGGAGAGUAUGAGAUGGUGACGAUAGACUGCACUGUGGAAGCCACACCACCACCAGAAGGGGAUGGCCGCCCUCCUCCUGUCCAGGCAGCCAGCAUCAAAGGCCUCGUCUGGAAGUGUCCGGGUACAACUGUCCUCAAAGCUGGUCAGUUUGAAGAGUACACUGACCUUGAGGAACUGGACAUCAGUGGCAACGGCAUUGUCGACAUUGAACCUGGAGCGUUCAGUUCCCUCAACAAGCUCAGAGUCCUCUACCUUAGCGACAACCUGAUGACAAGAAUGAAGGCUCCAGUGUUGAAUGACCUCAAGAGUCUUGAGAUCUUUGACGUGUCUGGCAACAAGUUCACAUACCUCCCUGCUGACAUUAAAGAGCGUUUACCAAAGAUUGAGUUCAUCGUUGGCUACAACAAUCCAUGGUCCUGCGAUUGCAACCUGGCUGCCAACAUGGACUUGAUUGCACACUACUUCCAUGAAAUCCCUGCCAUCUGUGCUGCUCCUCAAGAGUUGGAGGGUCGGGAAGUGCGAGAAGUUCCCGAAGAGGCAAUGAUCUGCACCCCUCCAGUCAUCACCUUCAUUGAUGAAUACGUGACAGUGAAAGAGGGCGGGGACGCUUUCCUGAACUGUGAGAUAUCUGGCCUUCCUGUUCCACCUGCAAGGUGGAAAACUCCUGAUGGCAAGGUGGUCACCAUUGACGAACCGGUUGGAAACAAGGAAGUUCUUGGCAACGGAACACUUUGGAUCAAGAGUGUCACGGGUGACGAUGGAGGUAAUUAUGUCUGCAUUGCUGACAAUGGAGGUGGCAUAGCAAGAGGAAAUGCUACACUACGUGUCUGUCCCAAAGUCUGUCGCUGCCUGGAUAUUUUGACGGUCCACUGCUUUGAUGAUGAGGUUUCAAAAAUCCCGUCAGACACACGUCUCUUCUUAAUGCUGGGCACUGACCUGACUGAAGUCAAGAAGGGCCUUUUCAAAGAUUUAAAGAACUUGGAAGAACUGGAUCUUGACAAUAAUCAAAUCUCGGACAUUGAAACUGGCUCGUUUGAGGACCUCUCCAACCUACGACUGCUGUUCCUGUACAGGAAUGCGAUGGAAAAGCUUCAAUCAGGCUUAUUUAAAGGCAUGACAAAUCUCCUACAGAUCUACUUGUCCUCAAACAACAUCACCACAGUAGAAGAUGGAGCAUUCGAGGGCCUUGAAAAUCUACAGUUGAUCCAGCUUCACAAGAAUCAGAUUGAAGAGAUCGGUGAUGGUGCCUUUAAGGGACUUCCAACUCUUAUUGACUUGGACCUCCACCUUAACAACCUCUCCACCAUCCCAGGGAAAGCAAUCUCUUCUCUGUCAAACCUGAAGCGGGUCCAGCUCUUUGAAAACAGGAUCACAAUGGUCAAGGAAGAUGACUUCAAGGAUUUGGAAAACCUCCAGAUGAUAUACCUACAGAAUAAUUUCAUCCAGGUGGUCGAAAAUGGAGCCUUCGCAAACCUGCCUGCCUUGCAGUGGUUGGACCUUUCCGGCAACAACAUCGUAGUCAUUCCUGCAGGUGUGUUCAAAGGACUUGAUGCCCUGCAACGUCUGGACUUGAGCAACAAUGCCCUGGUGACCUUACCUGCAUCCCUCAGGACUGAGCUUCCUUCCCUGAAGUUUGUCAUCGGAGCAGGGAACCCCUGGCACUGUGACUGCAACAUGAUUCCUCUCCGAGGGUGGUUCGGGUACUCUGCUGAUCAACCCCCUCUACCAGGCAGCGGACCUGUCUCUGGGGACCCCCCCUACAGGCCGUACUACGAGCCAGACCCCCUCCUUAACCAGGAGUUCCUCCAGUAUGCUGGACAGGGGCCCUACCAGACUGUUGGUGGUGGACAGUAUGGUGGGCAGUAUGGAGGUGGCCAGUACGGUGGUCAGUAUGGAGGUGGCCAGUACGGAGGUGGUCAGUAUGGAGGAGGAUACGACUACAGCCAGCAGUAUGGUGCCGGCGGUGGGGGUUAUGGUCAGCAGUACCAGUACGGCGCCGGCGGUGGCAGCUACGGCCAGCAGUACCAGUAUGGUGCAGGAGGCGGUUAUGACUAUGGCCAACAGUACGGCGGUGCGUACGGUGGCCAACAGGGCGGCGCAUACGGCGGUUACGAUUACAGCCAACAGUACGGAGGAGGCGGCUACGCACAGGGUGGUUCCUACCAGUACGGCCAAGGCGGUGGUUACGCGCAGGGCGGCUCGUAUCAGUAUGGCGGCCAGGGAGGCGGCGGCUCGGCUGCAGAUUCUGCAUUCCUCGAGCGCAUCCGGCAACUCCGAGGCGAGUCCAGCAGUUCGUCUGCCAACACUUACAGCUACCAGUUCUACAGGAACAGGAGGAGGCGCCAGGCACCGGGCGGAGGGUUCGCCACCUGCGCAUCUCCGUUUGCGUACGCCAACCAGGACAUCAACACCAUCCCGAUCUCCAGCCUUAUCUGCGAGGCCAUCCUCUUCGUCGAAAACGGUCUGGCCAUCCUCGUUGGAGAGGCCGCCUCUAUGCCCUGUAACAUCACCAAGGAGAUCGGCAUCGGAAAGUUCUGGGUGACGCCACAAGGUACCGUGGUCAAGUUCGGUGGAAGCGAGGAUCGCGUGAAAGUGGCUGACGACGGUACCCUGAGCAUCGAGGCGGUGACAGAGGAGGAUGCUGGUCCGUACGUGUGCAUGGGAGGAGAUCUGCCCGAAGUCUACUUCCUGAACUACGUGAAGGAGGUUACGACGCUGCCGCCGCCGCCAGCAACCGAGGCGCCGAUCGUAGACGUGGAGGGCGGAGCCCCCGAAUUCCCCGAGGGAGACUUCGACGGAAUUCCCCCUGAAUUCCCCGGACCUGGAGGUGAGGAAUUCCCACCAUUCCUACCCGGGGGAGAGGAAUUUCCGUUUCCUGAUGGCGGAGAGUUCCCCGACUUUCCAGAACUCUUUCCCCCCGAGCCGUUCCGUCCUGGCCGAGGAAGAGGCGACGUAAAAAAGUAGAGGACUGACAUGACAAACUGUGAGUAACCCACCAUCAAACAGAUGUGAAGGAAAGAGUAAGAUGAGAAACCAACACUGUUGUAUCUUCCAGAAAGGUUUGAAACAAUUGUAAACCUCAUGUCAACACUGUCAAAUCAAGGAGCUAUACACACUUGAGGUAAUUUUAGUCCAAAAAGUCACUGUUGUAUGAGGAUACUGGUAAAUUUGUAGGGAGAAAUCUGGCUCUUCAGAAUCAGAACCACAGUCCAGACCAGUUUGUUUUUGACAAAUUAACAGAUUUACCAGAUCUACUGCCAGGGUUUCUUUGCAUUCCAUUGAUGUACAAGUAACAGACAAAAAAUACCAACCAUAACAGAAGUUAUUUUUUUUCUUUUGACCAUGCAUUUUUUACUGCUUACUUAUCCAUAAGUGACCGGAAAGUUGGAUCAGGUAUAGCAUGAUAAUGGUUGAGUAGCUGUGAAAAUUGUUGUAUUGGAGUUGAUAGUAUUCAACAGAAGUGUAGGCUGAAAUGUGCUAAAUUGUAUAUUUCUAGAUACAUUUGACCGUAUGUCGCAAGCAGGACUUGAAAACUGACUUUUCAGUCUUCAGUCCCAUUAAUAUCUGUAGACAGAUUCAAAAUAGUGAUGUAUCAAAAAUAGGGAUAUGUUAUCUUUUUUCUAGAAGGUUAUUGUAUAAUCUAGAAGCUUUUUCUGUCACAAGACAGUCAUGAUAUAACACUUUUGUCUCAGAGGCAUUUUUGGAUUAAACUCAAUGUAAUGUGCUG